CCCGGGGCGCAUCCAGGGCCGGGGCGAGUUCGGAGCCGUUCCCGUUUCCCGUUCCCGUUCCCGGGGCGGGUCCGGAGCCGCCGCGCAGCCGCAGAAUGGGACCGGGGUAGCGAUGGCCGCGAUCUCGCUGGAGACCGUCCCCAAGGACCUGCGGCACCUGCGCGCCUGCCUGCUCUGCUCCCUCGUCAAGACCAUCGACCAGUUUGAGUAUGAUGGCUGUGACAACUGUGAGACGUACCUGCAGAUGAAGGGCAACCGUGAGAUGGUCUAUGACUGCACCAGCUCUUCCUUUGAUGGGAUCAUCACCAUGAUGAGCCCUGAGGACAGCUGGGUCUCCAAGUGGCAGCGGAUCAGUACCUUCAAGCCAGGUGUCUAUGCAGUGUCUGUGACCGGCCGCCUGCCCCAAGGGAUCGUCCGAGAGCUGAAGAGCCGUGGCGUGGCCUACAAGUCUCGGGACACAGCCAUAAAAACCUGAAGGGCCCUUGUGCUGCCUGGAGAUCCCAGUGCUGCAUGGAAGAUGCAGUGGGCACUGCUCCAAAACCUCUGAGCUUUAUCCUGUAGGGAAGUGGGGCUGGAUUCAGAGUCUGCUGGCUCAGCUUCCCUUGCUCAGUACCUCUGGACUGAACCACACCACAGACCACAGACAUUUAUCUGAGUCUUGACAGGGGGGAGGGUGUGAGUAGAGUUGGGAAAGGGUGUUUAAUGAUGAUGCCCAAGCUUUUUUACAAUUGGUGUGGGAAAGAGGGGAUUUGGGAAAUAGCUGUGUAAAUAGUUCAAUAAAGCCCACUGCUUGGUCA